AUGAGCGUCGGUCCAGUCCGCUACGGCAUGCGGGUGCGUCCAGGCUCCCCCCCUCCCCCUGGAGCCGGCCCCCGAUACCGCUCCCGCAGCUGCUGGCCCGCGACCCUCUCCGACAGUGGCAGAGACCCCGAUGACCCCCCUUUCCCCCUCACAACACCGACACCUAUUAAUAGCCUCGAUAUAAUUAGUUGCGUAAAUAGAAUGAGGAUACGCGACGUCGGGCCGCUCGCUCGCCAAUCGAGAGUGUUCCCCGGCAAGAAACGGACCCCAGGGUAUGCCAGACUGUCCCCUGGCGGAGACCCUGUCACCCUGGACCGCCUACCGAGGUUCCGCUUCGGCGGGAAUCGCGCCCCCACCGACCAGAAGUUCAAGGAGUUCGCCGAGAGGCUCAGGAAACCCGCCGCUCCAGUACCGCCGCCCAGGACCAAGAAAAACACCCCUCCGCAAUCUCCGACGCCGCUGGUGCCUCUGCGCAGCGCGUCCUUCUCGCAAGUCGACUUCUCCGUCGACGACAACAAGUACGUGAGGCGCAAGCCAGACUCUCCUCAGCCCAAGGAAGUCUCAACUCUGCCCAGGCCGAAGAACAACUCCAGGCCUCGGUUAGACCUCGACAUCUCCGAAGAAACAGAGCCUACUAACAUCCCCGAAGUGGAAAUCACCCCAGUAUCCCCGGACAAACUCUCCCCGCGCAUCCAAGAGACCCUUCCUGGCAAGAAAAGAGAGAAGUCUAGAAGGCGAAAAGGCAUCUACAUCUCCCAGUGGCCCAACACGGAGGACGUGAUCCCGCAAUUUGUCGCCGAAGGCGAUUUCCCCUGCGUGGACCAGCCCUCGAGAGCCCUCAAGGACUUCCCGAUAUGGAGCAGCCCGCAGGAGGAACCCCUGAGCCCGGAAGACGCGAGCUCUCCGCCCGAAUGGCCCAGGGAAGAGAAGCUCUCUCCUCGGAGCGCAAGCCUCUUUCGGUCGGGCUCGCUCUCAGAGGGAGAGCCUGAGCAGAGCCAGAUUUCCCUGGUGCCUUCGGACCUCUCGGACUGCGAGAGCAGGGUAAGCUUGAGCGCUGAGCCUACUAGCCCUAGGGUGCCCAGGAGGUAUUCGAAGAGGCCGCUGCGAGGUCCUUACGGGCAGAUGCUGGAGAACGAGAUGAAGAAACCAGACUGCCGGAUGAAUCUCAACGACGAGCUGCAGUUCCUGGAAGAUUUGUCCAGCGCUAGUGUGUCUUUGAACAAUAUAGCUCAGGGAAAGCAUGCGAGGUCCCGGAGCUCGUGCAGCACUUUGCAGGAGGGUUUGUCCAAGGAGGACGCGAUCGAGCACGUGUUUUUGGGUUCGCCGAAGCAGAUGAGCAAGAGGAAGGUGAGUGCGGAUAAUUUGGUGGUGAGCGGGGAGGACGAUAGGAAACUGGUGGUCAGUCACCAGAGGACGACUUCGAGUCCUUCCAAGCUGGAGGUGUUCAGCAAUCCGGAGGUUAACUGCGAGUUGCUGGAACGGCUGCUGAGAGGGAGUUCUGAGCAGCUGGCCGCUGCUGAUCUUCAACGACACAAUGUGAGUAGAAUAUACAGUAGAGAUUUAGAAAUUCAGUCCUUCAACAAAAACUCGAAAAGAGUUUCUGAACAUUUGAGAAGAUAUCGCGGUGGGUGA